GGUAACAUUGUAUCUAAUAUUCGAAGCAUGCGAAAGAUCUCUUUGACAUAAAUGACACCGCAGUAGACCAUCAGUUCUAUUUAGUAUUCGGUGAGCAUUAGAUUAAAUAAUUUAGUCGUGAUUUUAAGUAAUGUUAAAAAUAUAUUAAAUUAUUCGUUUUUAAUCAAAUAAUCAUAUUAACUUUUUUACACACUGACAUACAUACGAAAGUAUACUACAAAAUUUGACAAAGUAAAAAUCGAACAAUGUCGCGCGCAUUCAAUCAUAAAAUAUUGCUCAACUGUUGUAAUCUCAUAUUCUUGUUCUGUGGAGUGGUCCUUAUCGUUUUUGGUUUCUUUCUUUUUAACGAUUCAAAACGUAUUCUUCUAUCACGUCUUCUGGUGACAACAAGCGAGAAACUGAACAGCUUACCACAACCGUUGUUCUAUUAUAUGUCCGUUGGCGUUCCUGUAGCGGGAUGUGUAGCAGUCCUCGUCUCCAUGGUUGGAUUUUGGGCAUCCAGCCUGGACACCUAUUGCUGCCUUAGUUUGUAUUUUUUAUCAGUGGUCGUUUUACUCCUAGCUCAGUUAUUAGUCUGUCUAGCGAUUACAUUGUGGCCACAUUGUUUGGGCAUCAGUUUGGAUGAGUCGAAAAUGGUUAAAGUUCUACAGGGAAACUAUGGUAUGCCUGGAAAAGAGCAAUUCACGAACGCCAUUGAUUUGGUCCAGACUCAUUUCGGUUGCUGUGGCAUAAAUAACGAUAUUAACUAUGACACAUCCCUUUGGAAACUGCAAAGUUACGGUCAGCGAGAGUGGGUGGUACCUCUUACUUGUUGUAUUUUACACAAUGUCGAUGAUAAGUUGUCUUAUUUGGAUCCGAAGCCCGAGAACAUAACUCAAUGUCAAAUGUUGCAGAAAAUGGACUAUGUAAAAAAUCGUCAUAAAAUGCCUUGUCUCAAAUACAUAGAGAAUUGGUAUAAUGAACAGUAUACAUUGUUCUUACAAUUUAGUCUUAUCAUUGCCAUUGUAGAAUUUUGCAUAUUACUCUCGGUAAUUGUAAAUUGUACAAAAAUAGCAAAGAAAAGUUUAAAACAAGAAAAGUUGUCAAAAGUAAAAGAUACACAUGUAAAUAAAAAUCAAAAACUAUUUGAGAAUAUUUACGAACAGGAUUUAGAAUCAAGAGCUGUAAAUACAGCCAUCGGACUAAACAAGAAUUGCAGCUUGCCAAAGUUAUUUAACGAAGUGUACAUAAAAUCUAGUAACCUGCAUAAACUUAGCCAUACUACCGAUGAUAAUAAUACGAAUCUUGACAGCUUACAAUAAGAAGUAACUGCUAUUUUAAUUGUA